AUGGACGAUCCAAAGCUCACCCCAACGGACGAGCGGGAGCAGCUCUUCAGUCAUCUUCUGGAGAAAGUUCACACAGAGGAGGAAUUGCAAAAACAAAAAUUCGUCACCAUCUCUACUCGUUUCUAUGGUACUCAUUGCCCUGCGGGUGGAGUGAUCAAAUAUCAUGAAUUCAUCCAGAGUCCAAGAAACAAUGAAAACAAAGCCAGACGAGAGGCGCUCGUCCUCGAUUGCGAAAUGGUCGGCGUUUCAGAACGCCGCAAAGAGCUAGCCUUUCUAGCAGUCGCAGACCUACUCACCGGAGACAUUCUCAUCAACAAGUUCGUGAAUCCGACCAAUAUCGUCCAGAACUGGUACACCAGAUCGAGCGGCGUAACCUGUGCCGGCAUGAAGGCUGCGGUGAAGAACAACGUCGUCCUUUCCGGGUGGAGAGCGGCGCGCGCUACGCUUUUCGAAUUCAUGGACAGGAGCACCAUACUUGUUGGCCAUGCUCUCCAAAAUGAUCUCAAUGUCUUGGGGGUUAUACACCCCACGAUCAUUGAUACGGCAAUCCUCACCGCUGAUGCGGUGUACAGACCACUUGCAAGACCCUUUCGGAGGACCUGGAGCCUUAAAGCCCUGGCCAUAGACUUGACUGGUCACAAGAUCCAAGCUGGCAACCGUGGGCACAGUGCGCUGGAGGACACUUUGGCCACUAGGCAGGUGCUGAUUCAUUGCAUCAGAAAUCCUCUCGACUUGGAGGCUUGGGCAGAUAGAGCACGAAGCCAGGAACCAGUCAAGCCUGAGCAAGCGGCCGAAUCUGAGGAGCCGCAAGUAGAUUCUUGGUUGGAACCAGUCAACGAUAGUCGCUUGGAAACAGUUGACGAUGGUUGGCGAUGA